AUGUUUAUCUUCUUUCCAGUGUUUCUGUCUUUUCUUUUUUUUUCUAUCAAUCAUUCAAUUCCUGCUUAUGUCACAGACAUUUUUUGUUUUUCAUUUGAUUUUCGCAUUCUUCAUUUUCCCCUGUUUGCCUUUAACUUCUGUUUUUCCUUCUCUUGCUUUCUGCAUAUUUUUUCUUUCCUUUUUUGCCCUUUCUGUCCUCACUCCACUCUUUCCACCACUCUCUUUGCCCAUUCUGUCCCCUCUUUGCCCAUUCUGUCGCCUCCUUUGCCGCCUGCCCAUUCUGUCUCCCUUUGCUGCCUGCCCAUUCUGUCCCCCUUUGCCGUUUUGCUGUCUCUGCCUUUUUGUCUUCUCUGCUUGCCCUUUUAUCAUCCCAUUUCCACUUCCUUGUCUGAUAUUUCUGUCCAGCCCUUCUCAUCCUUUUCUGAUAUUUUUACUUUCUCCUGCUCAUCUUCAUAA